UAUUGACAAGACAAGUGACAACAAAGUAGCCUGAUCAACGUAUGUAAACACACAUAAGUUUAUUUAUAAAUCUAAAAUAAUGUUGACGUUUAAAUUAUAUUGUGCAUCAUAAUUAAAAAACAAAGUAACAAUGCCUAGUUUAAUAUUAACUUUAUUAUUUAUAAAUUUGUACAACUCAAUGAUUACUUUGACAAGUGGAACAAGUGAUUCUCUUCAAUGUUAUUCAGAUUUUUGUCACAAUAAUAACAACAACAACAUUGAUAACGUUAUCAAUAUAAAUAACAAUGAAAAAUGUUAUUUAACAUCAAUACAAAGAGGUCAAGAUUGUAUUGAUAUAAAAUUUCAUAAAUAUGGACAUGCUCCACCACCUGGAGUAGCCCUGAUUGAUUUAAAAUUAUCAGCAUAUAUUGUCAAUCUUCCUCAUAAAAAAAUAACAGCUUUUAAUCUUACUAUUAAUGAUAUUAAAUUUAAAAGAUUAUUAACGAGAUAUCAAAGCCUUGGUGACACAGCAUCAUCACACUGUCGUGAUAGUAUAUUUCAUGGCUUUGAUAAAUACAAUAGAGACAAAAAAAAUUUAUUUAUUUCUUGUCCAUUUGCUAAUUCAUCAUUUGAAGAUACAGACUACAAACUUGAAUAUCUUGUUACUUUUAAUCAUUAUAAAUACAGCAGGAAACUUGUUUUUAAUGUACCAAAUCAUUCAUCAAUUGAUGAACACAUCAGUAGUGUAUUUGAGUACAAACCAUUUGUCUAUAUUGAUGUUUCUGAUGUAUCAACAUUGUCAUUAUUCAUACAACCAAUGCCAAAUAAAUAUAAUAUUACAAGCUACAAAAUAUGGAUGAUAAAAUACAACACCAAUACAAUAAUUGACGUUGUUGAUGUUAUUUUGAAAUACAAUAAUGAUAAUGGUGAUAAUCAUUUACAGUAUAAUUUUACUGUGAGUGAAGGUAUUUAUCAAUUUAAAGUUGCUUCAAUGCAUCCACAAUGUGGUGAAUAUGGAUGUGUCAAUAAUACACUGCCUGCAAUUAGUACGAAAUAUCAAACUAAAAAAUUAUUCAUAAUGAUUAUAAGUUUUGUGUGGAUACCACCAGUUUUAUUAUAUGCAAUUUAUUAUUUAUACAGUUUUUAUAAACAAAGAGAAAUAAUGAAGAAAUUUAAUCAAAAUUGUCUCUUGAUUUACUCACCAACUCAUUCAGCACAUGUUAAUGUUAUGAUAAGUUUUGCAAAAUAUUUAAAAAGUUGUGGAAUCAAUGCUAUGAUUGAUGUACUUGAUAUACCAAAAACAUCUACUCGAGAUCCAGCUAUAUGGUGUAAUGAUGCAUUUGAUAAAGCAAAUAUUAUUUUAAUUGCAACAUCACCACCACCAUCAUCUAGUUGUGAUAAUACCAAUUCUGCAAGUACUAUUUAUCAGAAUUUGGAUAAUCAUUUGCUUCGACUUGUGCGAGAAAAUUAUUCAAAAAAUAAUAAAAAAUACAUGAAAAUUGUAUUUCCAUAUUGUAGUCAAAAUGACAUACCUGAAGAGGCUCGUCUUUUUAAAAAAUUUACAAUACCUGAUAAUUUAGAUAAAAUGAUAAGAUACAUUUAUCAAAGUAACAAAUUAAAGCUAUUUGGUAAAUCAAGCAAAGAUUUAAUUGCCAAUAUAAAUAUUGCUAUGACUGAAAUAUGCUUUAAAAAAUCUACUAGUCAAAUAAAUAAUACUGAAACUUAUGGCUUAUUUCAAGGACCAGAUGAUAAUUAUCAAAAAAAUUAUCAAUCUGGCGAUUGUAAUUAUAAAAAAAAUAGUAACAACGAUUAUUACACAAGUAAUGAAACAUUAAACUGUCAAUUUCCUCAAUAUUUUUCAACAAAAAUUGAUGAACUAAAUUUACUCGGUGAUGAUAGUGAUAAUUAUGAUGAUAACCAUUUAAAAAUCGAAACAAUACAGGGUCAUUAUGUUGCUUUACCAGACAACAAUGAUAAAUUUCAUAUUGACCAAUUGAAUUUAUAAAUUAUAAAUAUUAUUAUUAUUAGAAUAAUAAUAAUUAUCUAAAUGUACUGGAAUUUAAUUGAUUUGAUAUUAAUAAUUUUAAUGAGCUGGACUCAUUUGAAUGGCAAUUUCUUUUGAUAUUAUUAUUUAAUUUUUAACUUUAAAAAUUCUUUUCUUUUGUUUAAUCAUGAUUGAUAUUGUUUAUUUUGUUUUUUUUUACUGCGCUUAAUUUGUAAUAAUAUUAAUAAUAGUUAAUAAAUAAUAUAAAAUUUUAAAUUACACAUUAAAG